AUGAGCCUCAGCUCGGCCACACCGCCCACGCCAACAGCCCUUGCACCGCCCGGUGAACGGCUCUCCAUCGUUCAAAUCGAGCACUAUGCCCACGACUGGGACACGUCGGCCGAGACGGACAAGCUGUUCCAGGAUGAUGCCGUCUGGAUCAUCACCUCAUCCUUCAUCAUCUUCACCAUGCACUCUGGCUUCGGCCUGCUCGAGUCUGGCAGUGUCUCGGCCAAGGACGAGGUCAACAUCAUGGUCAAGAACGUUGUUGACGUGGUGUUCGGCGGUGUCUCGUACUGGGCCAUCGGCUUUGGCUUGUCUUUUGGCGACUACGAGCCGUUCCGGAACUCGAUUGUUGGAUUUGGGAAAUUUUUUUACGAUCCCUCGAGGACUGAAACGUCGGUAAAUGUGGAGGGCUGGGCGUAUGCGUCGUUUCUUUUUCAACUUUCAUUAGCAACGACGGCUUCUACGAUAGUAUCAGGCGCCGUCGCAGAACGAGCAAAAUUGAAGUCCUACAUCUUGUUAGGGUGUCUCGUAAUUAUAAUUCAGGCCCUACCCGCCCACUGGAUCUGGGACUCAAAAGGGAUAUUCUUCAAGCUCGGCGUCAUCGAUUUUGCCGGGUGCUCAGCGGUCCACAUGGUCGGUGGUGUAAUCGGGUUGAUGGCCACCCUCUACCUGAAGCCGCGCCGAAAUCGAUUCUCAGAAGAUGCCGUCUCGCAGAUGAGCAGCCCGACCAACGCUUUAUUAGGUACUUUUUUACUUUGGUGGGGCUGGUUCGGGAUCAACGCCGGAUCGGUUUGGGGCAUCACAAAUGGGAGAUGGCGAUUAGGGGCCAGAUCGGCCGUGGCAACGAUCAUGGCCUCAAUCGGCGGCGGUUCCACCUCGAUCAUGAUCAGUUUUGCAAAAACGAAAAAGUUGCAAGUAAACUUUCUGAUCAACGGCAUCCUGUCGAGCAUCGUGUCAAUUACGGCGAUGUGUGCCGUGGCGAGGCCAUGGCAUGCCCUUUUCAUUGGCUCCAUUUCGUCGGCAUUUUCCAUUCUCAUCCUGCCGGUGCUUGAUAGGCUUCACAUCGACGAUCCGGUUGGGAUUGUUCCAAUUCAUCUUACAUCGUCGAUAUGGGGAAUGUUGGCUGUCGGGAUUUUUGCCGAGCAAGAUCGAUUUUUGCAAUCCACCUCCAACCAAGCCGGACUCCUCUACGGCGGUGGUUUCCAUCUACUGGGCAUCCAGCUGCUCUGCACCGUUGUAGUGGUCGUCUACAGCGCAACCACCGGGCUCCUCGCGCUAUGGCUAAUCGACAAAUCCCCGCUUGGGCUUCGGGUCACUGAUUACGAGGAGCAGAUCGGCGCUGACGUGAUCGAGCACGGGCUCGCUGGCACGAAUAUCGCCCGUUAUGUCGUCGAGAAGCCGCUCAGCACAAAAACAUUCCUUUCCGUGACGAAAGCCGUCGCAAAGUGGAAGAUGCUGACCAAGCAAAAGAAUAAGGAAAAACGAAAAGCCGCCUUUCUACAGAAGAAAGAAGACGGAUUGCGGCAACGGAUUGUUAAUGGCCAUGGUCCACGGGUGGCUCCGCUUCAACGGGGCAGCAGUUUGCAGCUGAACAAUUUGCCGAAACCGGCGAAGAUAAUUCACAACGGAAAACCGCGACAAAGCCGCUCUCAAAACAACUCACCACGCGAUGCGACGACCCCAAUGCCGACACCGCGCGGGACGCCUGGGCAACCGACGAUCGAGGAGGAAGAGCCGCAACAAGGAACAUCAUUCGAUAACGCGCAGCCACCAAUGCAUAAGAACUCGCAUAUCUCGAUCCCGAUGGAGCCACAGGUGGACUCGGGCCUCGGGACGGAAGGCGCCGAAUCACCCACCCAUCCCAACGAUGAAGAUGGUGUCCAGACCGGUGAUGAGCCGCUGUCAGAUGAUGCUGGCCCGCCAACCCCUUCACCCAGGAAUCGGCCACCACCAGCUGGCCCACCCCGAAACCGCCCAGCCACCGUCACGUCGGUUCGACCCCGGUUUUCCGCUUCUCUCUUCAGAAGGGCCCCGCUACCGCGUCCGAUCUCACCGCCAGAUGAGGUCAUCAUCGAGACGUCCGGCCGUUCCAGCACCCAUUCGACGGCCCGCUACGUUCGCAACAAUAAAGUCGUCCUUCCGCUUUUUCCGGCCGGGAGCUGGAGAGUUCUGGAAAUCAUCGAACUCACAUUUUCUACGACAAAACUCCCAGUCUCGGCUUUUUCCUUCUGCCCCAUUCCGUUACGGGAGGCUUGCCUCGAUCGAAUCCACACGUGUCUUUUAGCAUUUCGCUCCGCGCUCGAUGUGUAUCACGUCCUUUUUGUCUAUUUUUAUAUU